CGUAUACCUACAAAGCCAAAUCUUCCCUCAUUGCUUCCCCACGAUCCCAUUUCUUUCAGUCGCUACUGUCACUCUUCGAUCACCACUCUAUCGCUCAUUGUUGGUCGUCCAUUAGCCAGCAGAAUUCCAGCGUUCGCCGGCCGAUCACAUCGACGCUUCCGGCGUUGAAGCCCACCCCGCGACAGAUGCCUCCUUCUCCUCCUUCCGGUCCGCUCCUAAAAGAGAACAUCGAGGAAGACUUGGACAUGGAAGAAAGCACCCUAAAUGCCCUUUCAUCCGGGGAAGCUGUGCUGCUGGGAGCUUUGGCACCCGGUGUUAAUGGUCCAACAUGGGCUGUUCUGAAGAUUACUUUUUUGAUGCUUGCCAUUUGUCUUAUCGCCAUGCUUUCUUUAGCGUUCAUAUCAAGUGAUUUCAUUAUAGCGGGCCACGUCAUCUUGCUUGUUAUCAUAGGGUUUGUGCUUUUCGUGCUCCUAAAUGGCUUUCUGGCACAGACUGGUUUGGUAUCAGUAGAACAACAAAUUGAAGAGAUGGGUAUCUCACAAAACCUUAGAAAUUUCAAAAAGAAGAAAAACUGACUCGAAAAACUCCACACUAUCAAUAAAAUAAAAUCCAGAAACAGAGAUCUCAGAUCAUUUUGCAGCUGACAUUUAUCAAAAUCUCUCUUCGUCUUCACGAAAAUCGAUCGAGGCUACACUAUUAUCAGUCUUUCUUGGCCUCCUCCUCCUUAGGCUUGCUUUUUUUAGUCUUUAAGAAGCAGAAGCAAGAACAGCAGGGGCAUUGAAACAUCAGCUUCAUCUCUCUGCUCCUUCAGCUCCUUAAACCAACACAAAAAGGGUGAAACCAAUGUACAGGAUGACUUUUUCUGAAGGAAAGAAGCCCACAGGAUUCCAACUCUAAGAAGAGGUAUGGCCUUGUGAUUUUUUUCCUUUUUCUCCUAUAUCUUUUGCUAAAUUGCGGUCCUUGUUAUAGUUUUGUUUUUGUAGGGUUUCUUAUUGGGCGUGGUAGAUAAUCAGUAGCUGUUACACAGCACAUUUUCUGUGUCUAGUUGUGGGGGCAAUGGAAUAUUUAUUUGUUGUCCAAUGACUGCCUUUAAAUCCAGAUUUUAGGCAUUUGAUUUUAUAAGGAAAAUAUCUAAAUCCUUAAAAGUACUAUGUAGUGGUCCAUUUAGCCCAACUGUAGCUGUGUGAAGAAAAUAUGGGGAUUUUACAUACAUGCCACCCAGUUCCUAUGCAUUUACAUAGAAAUUUUAGGUUUUACAUUUAUGCCACCCAAAUUUUUCAUAUCUUACAUCAAAAACACCCUCAUUUUAACUUUUAAAUAGUGAAAUGCAUCUUCUCAAGCAUAGGUAGGA